AUGAGCGAUCUGCCAAUUGAAUUCACAGAACUGGUGGACUUGACCGCUCUAGGGAUUUCCCCUCAAUCCCUAGACUUCAGGUCCACCACGUUCGAGAGUGAUCAUUUCGUCACCGUGAGAGAAUCGCAGGAUGGUCACAACUCGGUCGCGAUCGUCGAUCUUGCAGAUAACAACGCCGUCACGAGGAAGAACAUGGGCGGGGACUCUGCGAUCAUGCACCCAACACAGAAAGUCAUCUGUGUCAGAGCCAAUGGGACCAUCGUCCAAAUAUUCAACUUGGAGACGAAAACUAAGCUCAAAUCCUUCACGCUGGAUGAACCUGCUAUCUUCUGGAAAUGGGUCAGUGACGACGUGCUUGUGUUCGUCACAGCAAGGGCUAUUCUUACUUGCUCCGUGUUUGACGGGAACGUCAACAGCAAGCCACAGAUGCUCACGCAGAGACACCAGAACUUGAACAACUGCCAGAUCAUCAACGUCGUGGCAAACAAGAAACUAGACUGGUUUGCCACUGUUGGUAUCAUCCAAGAGAACGGCCACAUUGGAGGGAAGAUCCAAUUGUACUCCAAACAACGUAACAUAUCCCAGGCUAUCGACGGCCACGUCGCCAUCUUCAGUGAAAUCUUCAUGGAGGGCAACGGGUCAGAGAAGCUGCAGAUCUUUGUCACGGGGACCAGGAACACCGCCACGGGUGCUGGUGAAUUGAGAAUCAUCGAGAUCGACCACAACGCUGCUGCACCAGUACAGUACGCAAAAAAAUCUGCAGAUAUCUUCUUCCCAGCAGACGCAAGCAACGAUUUCCCCAUUGCGUUGAAAGUGUCCGAGAAGUACGGGAUCAUCUACAUCCUAACCAAAUACGGGUUCAUCCACCUGUACGAGUUGGAAACGGGGACCAAUCUUUUCGUCAACAGAAUUACCGCAGAAUCCGUCUUCACCGCAGCAUCAUACCACGACAACAACGGUAUCGCAUGCAUCAACAAGAAGGGUCAAGUCCUUGCAGUGGAGAUCUCCACCUCCCAGAUUGUUCCCUACAUCCUGGAGAAACUGUCCAAUGUCACUUUGGCACUCACAGUAGCCAAGAGAGGUGGCCUCCCAGGUGCAGACGACUUGUUCAGCAAACAGUUCGAAACACUGCUGCAACAGGGGGAUUACCAAAACGCAGCAAAAGUCGCCGCGUCCUCCCAGUCGCUGAGAAACAGUAACACCAUCAACAGAUUGAAAAAUGUUCAAGCUGCUCCAGGCGCCAUCUCGCCAAUCCUACUGUACUUUUCCACUCUGCUAGACACGGGUAAACUGAACAAAGAGGAGACCAUCGAACUGGCUAGACCCGUCCUGCAACAGGACAGGAAGCAACUGUUUGAAAAAUGGUUGAAGGAGGACAAACUCGAAUGUUCAGAGGAGCUCGGUGACAUCGUCAAACCGUUCGAUACCACUUUGGCCCUGGCUUGCUACCUAAGGGCCAACUCCCAUGCGGAGGUAAUAACCUGCCUUGCUGAAUUGCAACAAUUUGACAAGAUUAUCCCUUACGCGGAAAAGGUCUCCUACCAACCAAACUUCUUGGUCUUACUGGCAAACAUCAUUAGAACUUCACCAGACAGAGCCUCCGAGUUUGCAAUCUCGUUGUUGCAGAACCCAGCUGUAGCUUCGGGUUUGGAUAUCGAAAAGAUCGCAGACCUGUUCUUCUCUCAGAACCACAUCCAACAAGGUACUUCCUUGUUGUUGGAUGCUUUGAAGGCGGAUACCCCAGACCAAGGCCAUCUACAAACCCGUGUUUUGGAGGUCAACCUACUACACGCCCCACAAGUCGCAGACGCCAUCCUCGGGAACAACAUUUUUUCCCACUACGAUAAACCCACUAUCGCGUCAUUGGCUGAAAAGGCAGGGUUGUUCCAAAGGGCUUUGGAAAACUACACGGAUCUUCCAGACUUGAAGAGAUGCAUUGUGCAUACUUCGGCCCUACCUGUUGAUUGGAUUGUCGGAUUCUUCGGUAAGUUGAACGUUGAACAAUCGUUGACCUGUUUGAAAGCGUUGAUGGACAAUAACCUCCAAGCUAAUACGCAAAUUGUAGUCCAAGUGGCAACCAAGUUUUCCGAUCUGAUUGGCUCCAAUGUGUUGAUUAAGUUGUUCGAGGAUUACAAAGCCACCGAAGGAUUGUACUAUUACUUGGCGUCUUUGGUUAACUUGACUGAGGACAAGGAUGUUGUUUACAAAUAUAUUGAGGCUGCUGCCAAAAUGGGUCAGAGUAACGAAAUUGAAAGAAUUGUUAGAAGUAACAACGUCUACGAUCCAGAGAGAGUCAAGAACUUUUUGAAGGAUGCCAAUUUACCAGACCAGCUACCUUUUGUUAUCGUUUGUGACCGUUUCGAUUUUGUCCACGAGAUGAUCCUACAUUUGUACAAAUCUCAAAACUUGAAGUUUAUCGAAACUUAUGUGCAGCAAGUCAACCCAUCCAAGACCCCUGACGUUGUUGGCGCCUUGAUCGACAUGGACUGUGAUGAGAAAUUUAUCCAGGGCUUACUGGAUUCUGUUCUAGGUCAGGUCCCAAUCGACGAUCUGACCACUGAAGUGGAGAAGAAGAACAGAUUGAAGCUGCUACUGCCAUAUCUUGAGAAGAGCUUAGCUCAAGGGUCUCAAGAUCGAGCUAUUUUCAAUGCUCUUGCCAAAAUCUACAUUGAUUCUAACAAUUCUCCAGAGAAAUUUUUGAAGGAAAACGACCAGUACGAUACUUUGAACGUUGGUCUUUACUGUGAAAAAAGAGACCCAUACCUUGCCUACAUCGCUUACGAUAAGGGGUCCAACGACGACGACUUGAUCAGAAUCACCAACGAAAACGACAUGUACAAAUACCAAGCAAGGUACUUACUGAAGCGUUCAGAUUUGAAUUUGUGGAACAAAGUCCUAGACGCUGAGAAUAUCCAUAGAAGACAACUGAUUGACUCUGUGAUCUCCGUCGGUAUUCCUGAAUUGACUGACCCUGAACCAGUUUCUUUAACUGUCCAAGCGUUCAUGACUAACGGUUUGAAGUUAGAACUGAUCGAAUUAUUGGAAAAGAUCAUCCUGGAGCCUUCUCCUUUCAAUGACAAUGUUGCGCUGCAAGGCCUACUGCUUCUGUCAGCAAUCAAGUACGAACCAGCCAAGGUUGCGACUUACAUUGAAAAAUUGGACAACUAUGACGCGGAUGAAAUUGCCCCAUUAUGUAUCGAACACGAUUUGAAGGAGGAAGCAUUCGAAAUCUAUGACAAACACGAGAUGCACAGCAAGGCUUUGACAGUUCUAGUUGAAGAAAUUAUGUCUCUGGAUAGAGCUGCGACAUAUGUUGAUAAGAUCAACACACCGGAAUUGUGGUCGCAACUUGGUACGUCCCAAUUAGACGGGUUGCGUAUUCCUGACGCCCUUGACUCCUACAUCAAAGCCAACGAUCCAUCUAAUUACGAGAACGUUAUUGAGAUUGCUGAACAUGCUGGCAAGUACGAGGAGUUGAUUCCUUACUUGGUGAUGGCCAGAAAGACCUUAAAAGAAUCUAAGAUAGACGGGUCAUUGAUUUUAUGCUACGCCAGACUUGACAGAAUCCAGGACAUUGAGAAUAUGUUGCAUGGGUCGAGUGCCGCUAAUUUGAACCUGGUCGGUGAUCAAUUACUAGAGAGUGAGAACUACCAAGCUGCUAAAUUGUGUUUCAGUGCAGUAUCUAACUACUCUAAACUAUCAUCCACCCUUGUUUACCUAGGUGAUUACCAAGCAGCAGUCGACACAGCUAGAAAGGCUUCAAACAUCAAGGUGUGGAAGUUGGUAAACGACGCCUGUAUUGACCAAAAAGAAUUUAGAUUGGCCCAGAUUUGUGGCUUAAACUUGAUUGUACAUGCCGAAGAGUUAGACGCGUUGGUUGAGAAGUACGAAGCCAAUGGAUAUUUCGAGGAGUUGAUAUCAUUGUUCGAGGUUGGUCUAGGUUUGGAAAGAGCUCAUAUGGGUAUGUUUACCGAAUUGGCUAUCCUGUACUGUAAAUAUGACAGUGCCAAGGUCUUUGAACACUUGAAGUUAUUCUGGUCUAGACUAAACAUUCCAAAGGCAAUUAGAGCUGUGGAAGACGCCCACUUGUGGCAGGAGCUGAUUUUCCUAUAUGCUCAUUACGAUGAGUGGGACAAUGCUGCGCUAGCUUUGAUUGAAAAGUCAACCAAGGACUUUGACCACGACUACUUCAAGGAGGUUAUUGUUAAGAUUUCGAAUUUGGAAAUAUACUACAAGGCAAUCAACUUUUAUGUGAAAGAGCACCCAUCUUUAUUGGUGGAUCUUCUUUCUGUUUUGACACCAAGAUUGGAUAUUCCAAGAACUGUGAAGAUCUUCGCAAAAUCUGAUAACUUGCCGUUGAUUAAAGCCUUCCUGAUAAACGUGUUGCCAAAAAACAACUCUGUUGUUAACCAGGCUUAUCACGAUAUCAUGGUUGAAGAGGAAGACUACAAGUCUUUGGAAGAUGCCAUUAACUCUUACGACAAAUUUGACCAGCUAGCACUUGCUGCUCGUUUGGAAACACACUCUUUGAUUUUCUUCAGAAAAAUUGCGGCUUUAUUGUAUCGUAGAAACAAAAAGUGGACAAAGAGUUUGGCAAUUUUGAAGGAAGAUCAGUUAUGGAAGGAUGCAAUUGAAACAGCCUCCAUUUCUCAAGACGAGAAGGUCGUCCAGCAACUAUUGACGUAUUUCGUCGACACUGGCAACAAGGAAGCCUACGUUGCCCUUCUCUACAUUGCUUACAACUUAGUGAGGUACGACCAAGUAUUAGAAUUAUCGUGGUUGAAUAACCUCUCUGAUUACACAAAGCCAUACGAGAUAUCGAUCAAAAAGGAACAGAACGACAAAAUCAACGAGCUUUCUAAAAAAUUUGCAGAAAAUGGAAGUAUUGGUAAUGGGAACGCCGACGGCGAACCUUUAAUGCUAACCAGCGGAGCAAUGUACGGACAAUCGACAGGGUAUUAA